CCGGCCGGUGCGGUGUUCGUCGUCGUCGUCGUCGUCGUCGUCGUCGUCGCCGUCGCGAUCGUUCGCUUUCUGUUUUUCGCGUACACACCCAAAUACACGUAAAAUCACACCACCGCACACGCACACUCGUACACACGUACACAUCACACACACACACACGCACACACGUUCUACACGAAUAGACAUAAACAUAUGCACUCGAAUACACACUCACGUCCUAUUGCACACACACACACACACACGCACACACGUAUACAAAAAUACACACACGCGAAAGCCGUAAUAGAAGGUCGUAAUACACGUCGUGGAAAUAUCAAAAAUUACAGUGUUCCGCCGCGGACAGUGCGAUCGCUAUUUUUUUUAUUAAUAUUUAUUUUUCCACGUUGUUCAUAGUUGAUUUUAUUUUCUCUUUCAUCGAAAUUUGAAAGUAUUCAAUUUUUUUUUAAUCCGAUUGUGUCUCGUCUAUAGAUUAUCAAUACUGUUAUUGUAUGUAAUUGUUCGUGUUUCGGGUGUCCGUUCCAAUGUGGUGUGCGAAUGUUUAACGACGUCGUCGUCGUCGUCAGUCUCCCGAGUACACCGUAUAAACAUCGUGGUGGAUUGACGUCGCGGGGUGCACUCUCGGACUGGCCGUAGCGGAAGCGGUUGCGGUGGUGGUGGUGGUGGUGGUGGUGGCGGCGGCGGCGGAAGUGUAGCGGUGGACGCGAUGUGCGCCGUGACGUGCGACUGUCACUGUUAACGUUGUCGCCGCCACCGUCGCCGUCGGCCGCCCGGGCAGCGGUGGUGACGGCGAUCAUGGUGCCGCCGUGGUGGUUGCUGGUGGCGUUCGUGUUCGGCGGCGUCAGCGCCGCUCUCACGUCCAGUCGGGUGGUGCGCACCAAGUACGGCGUCGUGAGCGGCGUGAUCGUGACGCCCGACAACCGGCGGCUGGACGCGGUCGAGGUGUUCCGCGGCGUGCCGUACGCCUCGCCGCCGGUCGGCUCGCUCCGGUUCAUGCCGCCGGUCACCGGUUCGCUGUGGUCGGGCAUCAAGGUGGCCGACCGGUUCGGGCCGGUGUGCCCGCAACGGUUGCCCAACGUGUCCGACGACACGGCCGCCCUGAAGACGAUGGCCCGCGGCCGCCUGCAGUACCUGCGCCGGCUGUUGCCGUACCUGCAAAACCAGAGCGAGGACUGCCUUUACCUGAACAUCUACGCACCGGCACUGGUGAAUUUUCGAAGUGAGGACAAAAUACCACUGAAGCCCGUGCUCGUGUUCAUACAUGGUGAAUCGUACGAAUGGAAUUCAGGGAAUCCAUACGAUGGUACAGUUUUGGCAAGCUAUGGUGGUCUAGUCGUAGUCACCAUAAAUUACAGACUGGGAAUAUUGGGAUUUUUAAAUCUCAAUUCCAAUCAGCACCUCAAGUCACCAUCCAACUACGGUCUCAUGGACCAAAUAGCAGCUCUGCACUGGAUACAAGAGAAUAUAGCUGAAUUUGGUGGCGACCCAAAAAAUGUAACAUUAAUGGGUCAUGGUACUGGGGCCGCUUGUGUUGGUUUCUUGAUGUCAUCCUCCGCGAUUCCAGAAAACUUAUUUCACCGGGCUAUCCUGCUCAGUGGUUCUCCGCUGAGUCCACUGUCUUUGGUCAGAGACCCUGUGUACUACGGUCAUCAAGUGGUCAAGUUGGUCAACUGUUCGCCGGACUUGCCACUCUCGGAAAUGCUCGUAUGUCUGCGUAACAUUCCGCUGGAACAGUUGUUGAACGCGCAGCUCCACGUACCCGAGUUCACCACUGCCUUCGGGCCCAGCGUGGACGGUGUUAUCAUCGACGUUGGAACUGCUGCCGAGACCAGCAGAGUCAACGCCCAGUCGAACGGUCAAGAUAAUGGACCCGGUAGACCGCCAGAGGAUCCGAGAGAAUUGGUUUUGGCCAAUGGAUUCGGGCCAGCUAUUCUUGCUAAUCCAUCAGCCCGGCAACGGUUGCUUUCCAAGUUGUCUAAAUUCGAUCUGAUGUUGGGCGUAGUGCGGGCCGAAUCGUUUUUCGCAUUUACCGGAGACGAUGUCCAAUACGGCAUCGAAGCAGAUCGGAGGACUAAAAUUCUAAAGACUUAUGUCAAAAACACAUACAAGUACCAUUUGACUGAAAUCUUAGCAACCAUCGUAAAUGAAUAUACCGACUGGGACAGGCCGGUACAACAUCCGGUGAACAUCAGAGACGAGACGUUGGAAGCCCUAUCCGACGCCCAAGUUGUAGCACCCGUGGUCAACAUGGCCGAUCUUCAUUCGGCCAAUCGCAGGAACUCGUACUUAUUCGUGUUCGAUUACCAGACCAAGUACGGGGAUUAUCAACAAAGACAAGGAUGUAUCCACGGUGAAGAACUACCGUACAUAUUCGGUGCUCCCUUGGUAGGGGGAUUGAUGCAUUUUCCGAGGAAUUACACCAAGUCAGAAGUCCUACUUUCCGAGGCUGCGGUUAUUUACUGGAGCAAUUUUGCGCGGACGGGUAAUCCAAAUGAGCCGCAGGACCAGGAUAUGUUGCACAAACAAGAACACGGUCGGUUUAAGAAUAUCGAAUGGACUGCGUACGAGACCGUACAUAAAAAAUAUUUGAGUUUAGAUACGAAGCCCAAAUUGAAAAGCCAUUACCGAGCCCAUAGGCUGUCAUUUUGGUUGAAUUUAGUUCCCGAGUUGCACAAGCCCGGCGACGACGUACCUUAUUAUCAUCACAUGUUCCAAUCCGAUCUACGCGGGAUGACGUUUAAACCCGGUUCAGAAAGGACUACCAACAGACCGGCACCGGACAUGUACUACCGGGGUUCAGGUCAGCCGCCGGCCAUAAUGCAGCAGACUACGGUCGGCAACAAGACCACUUCCGAUGGCGGGACGACCAACGGGACGAACGUGUUACAACCUCCACCGGUCGUGGUGGCGUCUUCUUCGUCAUCGGAUCGCGGGGAUGGCGAUAAUGACGAAGUCGGCGGUGGUAGCGGAGGCCGACAGCUCAAAAACGGGCCAAGUGGCGACAAAGACGAUGGCGAGGGUGGCGGUCGGUCGUCGUCAGGUUCCGACGGCCAGGAUGACUUGGGCGGCGGUGGUGGUGGCGGAGCGUAUCAGACGUUUCCGCUGGCCCUGGCCGUUGCCAUAGGCAUUGGAUGUUCGCUGUUGUUCCUCAACAUAAUGAUAUUUGCCGUGAUCUACUGCAACAAGUCAGCUGGUUGGGGCGGGAGGCGGGGUAGCAGCACCGGCAGCCGGCGGACUUCCGGCGCCGCAGGAGACGCCGAGGACUUGCAGCAACAGCAGGACGACCGGAUCAGGAAGAUCAAAAAGCGUCCCGAGAACGGAGGCCCGAUGACUAAUUUGUGUUCCACGGGAGGAGCCACCGAGUUGUUGCAAAUGACGCGGCCGGUCGCGCAACACUUGCAGCAGCAGCACCAACAGCAGCACCAACAACCGCACUCCAUACUGAAGAAACCUCCGGUUACGGUGACCGGUGUGUCCUCUCCGAACGUCUCGCAGCCCCCCACCGACCCGGGCGGCGUGUCCAGGGGGGCCGCGGCCCAACCGCCGCCCGCCGAAUUCGCCGACGUCGCGGCCCAGUGCUAUCAUCCGGGCGGCAGCAUCGUGGGCAUCGGCACGUCGUCCACGCUGCCCCGGCCACCGCCGCCGCCAAAGUGCCCGCGGCCCGAUCACCACCACCAUCACCACGUCGGCGGCCACCACCACCAACAGCACAUCCACGGCACCAUCAGGAGGCACGCGGCCGCCUCGUCCGCGCUGCCGGCGUGCACGUGUUCCGGUCCGGUGGCCGGCGGCGCCGGGACCUCGCCGUCUCCGUCGCAGCACCACCCGCACGCGUCUUCGUCCAACCUGGCCGUGGACGUGGCCGCGGAGUCGUGCGCCAAGACGGCGGCCGUCGAGGAGCUGCACGUGUGACAGUCGAACCGCGGCCACCGCCGGUCGUCCGAUACGGAAAUCGACCGGUUGGCCAGUGACCUGACCAGGAUAUGCGACCAGCUCCGCGAGUCAUCCGGCGCCGGCGGCGGUGUCGACGGCGAUGGCGGCGGCGGCGGCGGCGGCGGCGACUUGUUCUACUUAUGACAUUACUUAACGUUGGACGCGAUGCAAUUCCGUGCGAACGCGCGCGCACGAGACAACGCGCACUAGAGAGAGACGCGUCUCUGUACAUAUUAUUAUUAUUAUUAUUAUAUUACAUUAUUUAUGUAUAAUUACGUAUUGUAUAUUAAUUGAUAACGAUAACGAUGUUAUUUUUGAAUGUCUUUAAGAUAAAAAUUAAAAUGUUUCCUCGGUUAUUCCUCGUCGGAUCCUCUCCGUGAAACUACCGCCCUUCCCAUCGCUCUCCACCAUUCACCUCACCCCGCCAACGUCCUCGUCGACGAACUUGUAUUGUACUAACAUUGCAAUUAUAAUAAUAAUGAUUAUCAUCAUCGUUUGUAAUUGAUAUUUUUAACGGUCAUUAUUGAUUGGGGUGCGUUCACGUGAAAUGUUGUUAGCGUUAUUAUUAUUAUCAUUAUUAUUAUAAUUAUUGUUAUUAUUCCGUUGGUCGUUAAUAAUAAUUCUAGUUACCAAAAAAAAAAAAAAACAAUUGUUAAAAUUAUUAUGUUAUUAUUAUUAUUAUUAUUAUUAUUUAUUACUGUUGUCUUACGCGUUUCGCAUUGAUGUGUUUCGACGAAAUCCUCGUUUUCCAAUGACAAUAUUUGAUUUUCCGGCAACCCGACGACGAUACGGCAUCACCGAAAGGUGUAAUAUAACAAUAUUAUUACGCCUACCAAAAGUAAAUAAAUAGAUUACGCUUAAGCGGUAACCUGCUGAAAAUAUUGCGCACAGUAGACGACAGAUAAACGUCCUCGAGAGUCUCGCACGAGCGGUCAAAAUUAAUGUUUAACUUAUCGUGACACGUAACGUAUUUCUUCGCAAUUCGUCAAUAAGAAAAACGUCUUAUCGUAAAAUUGUCCGUGACUCGUAAAUUUCGCGAAAGCAGUAAUCCUUGAUGGAAUCGUAAAAUUGGCAUAAUUUAGUGGAAAAAAAAAAAUACAUAAUAAGGGUGUAGAAAUUCAAAAUUGUCUAUACAUAUAACAACAGUUGUCGGAAAUCCGUGCUGUUGAACGCAUAGAUAGCAGUUAUUUUAUUUUUUUUUCAUUCCGAAUACACUUUCAAUAUUUUAAAAUCCAAUCCGAUGACGGAUAGUUUAAAUAAUUUGAUACAGAACGUGCUGGAGGUAACAGAAAGAAAAAAAAAUCGAAUAAAUGACAAAAAUUGCGUGCUGAAAUAAUGUCUGAAACUCCGCGAAUCCAAACCGGGUACAGAAUUUACUUUUAGUUAAAAGUUUACCAGCACGAGACAAAAACAAACGAAUAACUUAUUUUAUUUGGAUCUUAUUAUUAUGCAUAUCGUAAAAGUUUAAAACAAAAUAUGAUUUGUUCCAAACCUAUGCAAAUUUAGUUUCCUUUAACUGGAAAAAACGAUACGAAAAUAUUGAAUAUAUAUACGCGGUAUCGUUGUACGUAUACACUACACGCAACAAUAAUAUUUUGUUGUCGGAAUAACGAUGUCAUUGGAAAACGAAUACGCCUACACUCGAGUUGUACACUGCUCACGAAAACCAUAAGAUAAAUUGAUAAAAUAUUAAAUAAUGUUAUUUGUUACUAUAAGAUUAAUUAAUAUUAAACGUGAAUAUAUUGAUAUUGUGACGAUAGAAUGCAUUAGGAAAAAAAACACUAUGUAAAAACGAUAUAUCGUAUAUUUAUAUAUACAUCGCCAAUUGUCGCGGUUAAUAUGUUGUACACCUAAUAUACUCCCGACGAGUGUCCUCUAUCGGAAUCAAUUAUUGUGACCUAAAAAUUAAAUAAAUACGCAUGCCGAUAUUAUUAUAUUAAUGAUAUAAUAUUGAUGUCGAUGUUCCGCCGGAAGAACGAUGAGUUUCGGGUGGCCAGCUUCCAAGAAAAUUAUGCUAUUGUCGAUGGCAUUUUUAAUCGUUUUCAAAAUGUUUCCAUAGCAGUAAAACAUUAUUAUCUAAACCUUAAUUUUGAACACAAUAAUUUUUAAAAGUUCUUCCGCUACGUUACAAGUAGACGAUCAAAUGGAUAUAUCAAUAUGUGUUAACCACGUAAACGCAUAUCAGUGCAUGGGCUUAACAGUCGUAUACUAUAACAAACUGCACGGCAACAUCAGUUCUAUAUGUCACAGAAUUGCAGAUUUUAAAUACCUAUAGUUUUUUUUUUUUUUUUUUAAUUGUAUCGUAUGAUUAAAAUAAUGCUGUGCACCUCCGUCGACACGACCAUUUAUAAUCGAUCGAUUUUUUUUUAUUUUGUUUCUCGUAAGUAUCUGAAAAUCACUUUGCAAGUAACGCAUCCAAUUGAAUAGUUAAAUCCUAAUAUUCAAUAAAACAAUAACAAUUCGGUAUGAUGUGUAAUAAUUAGAUACCUAUUUUACGUUUUUUAUUUAAACUCACCUAUCUACCGUGGAACGACCCCAAACAUAUUAUUAUUAUUAUUAUCAUCACUGUUAAUAAUUGUGUAUUAUAUCAUUAUUAUCAUAUUCGUUUGUUGUAAUGGGGUACCUACAUAAACGAGUUACCUAACUAUCAUUAUUUGACAAAAUAAAAUGUUGUGUGCUCGCCAAAUCGUCUAUACAUUAAUAUUGCCACAUAAUAUUAUCAUAUUUGAAUAGUAAAAAAUUAAUAUGUGUAAAUAUUUAUGUAUUUUUUAUUUAUUUAUAUAUAUAUAUAAAUUAUAAUAUUAUUUACUUGUUAAAAAUUAAAUAUAUACCAUAUAUAAAUUUCACAUAAGCUUAAUUACAAAAUAUUAUAUUAUGAUUUGUCAAGACCCAUGUACAAGGAAUCGCGAGGACGAGGAAAGACUUUCAACAAAUACAGAAAACACUCACGACAAAAUAUUUGUUGUAAUUACUAGCCGUUUAGACUUAGUAAAUUUCAUCUUGUAUAUUAUUAUACAAUUAUUAUUAAACAAUAACUUUUAUGCAAUAUUCUAAACAUGCAUGAUUUCCGUGUGCCUACAGCAUAACUUGCCGCUGUUUAUGUUAUUAUAUUACUGUUGUUCGUACCGACAAAAUAGUUUAAAAUGUAUACAGUCUCUGGCGAUCAGAAUAUGUUAUAAACCUUUUGCGGAACCCUAAACAAAUAGCGAAGAUUAUUAUUAUAAUUAUUAUUUUGAAUAUUAUCCCGUUGUUGUUCAACCAUAUUGUUUAAUUACGGUAUAUAUAUAUGUUUAUAUUAAAAUAAUUAUUAGAUAUUAAUGUCCAUGAUUAUAUUUUUAGUCUAUUGUUUUCAUUAAUAUUGUACAGAUAUACGAGUUCUUUUGUAUAAAAAUUAUUUUUUAUUAAUACAUUUUAACGAAU